AUGAAAGGAGGAGUAAAUUCCCCAGUCUACGUUGGACAAGGUGCUUACGGACAUCAUGGUCCAUUUGCAGUAAGCUACAGAGCUAGAGUAGAUGCACCGAGACAAGAUCUUCUUACUUUUUCAACAGUUCCACUCGAUCAUUUAUAUCAUUAUUAA